AUGGGUUAUUGCAUGACCAAGCCAACAACAGUGUCGAACCUGUCACCAACCACCACACUGCCACGAACUACCGUGCCACCACCACCAGACGUCCAAGUACAAAGUACAUCAAGUUGUAAUUUACAGCCUCAUUUAUUCAUUUCCACAGGGAACUAUUCAACAACCUCUGUUAUAUCACCAACACCAGUCCACGCAAGUGCAACUAUUUCUGCUGUUACACCUACACCAGAUUCUUGUUCCUACAGCUUAACUGACGUGAGAGGAAAUUUCACUAGUCCAGAUUAUCCCCAACAUUAUGCACACGAUCUGGACUGUUCCUGGACAAUCACUGUAUCAGCCGGCUACUAUGUUUAUCUCCACUUUGAACAUUUCCACCUGGAAGAUGGUGGUAGUCACUGCCCAUAUGACUACGUACAAAUAUUUGACGGGAGCUUAGCAUCGAACCCUAUAACAACAAAACGCUGCGCUUAUCAAGAUUCUUGGUGUGUUUACAGCCACAGCAAUGUCGUCACUAUUACCUUAAUAACGGAUGGAUCAGUAUCCCACCCAGGUUUCAGCGCCUAUUACGAAAGAGUCCAUCAGACUUAUCCAAACUGCUCUGUUGUCAAUACAACUGAACCUCCAAGUCCUGUUUGGACGACAGCUCCAACACCUACAUCAGAUUCCUGUUUCUACCGCCUAACAGACCUGCAAGGAAGCUUCACGAGUCCAAAUUACCCAUACUACUACCCACACUCUCUUGACUGCACCUGGAUAAUUACCGUAACACCCGGCUACUAUGUUUACCUGUACUUUGAAAAUUUCCAUUUGGAGGGUAGUCGCUAUAGCUGCCCGUAUGAUUACGUGCGGAUAUAUGACGAAGUCGAUCAGUGGAACCCCAUCAUACCGAAAUACUGCGAUUAUCACGAUUCUUGGUGUGUCUACAGCAACACCAGCGUACUGCAUGUUCGUUUUAUAACUGAUGGGUCAGUUGCCUACUCUGGUUUCAUCGCCCAUUAUCAAAGAGUCCACCAGAGACUCUCGUACUGCCCGGUCAUUGGUGGAUAUACGACUGCUAGCAUCUUACCGAGUUCAUCCAGUCAAACGGUAUCUUCCAGUUCAGUAUCGCCGUAUUCACCAGAAUGUUCCCACCACUCGUACCUGGAAGACUCCGUCAGAGGAAUGGGAUUUUAUAAUGGAUACUACGGUUAUUACCAAUGCGAUAAUUAUCUUCCAUUUGGUUGGUACCGGUUUCGAGGGGCGGCGGGGACUGAGAUGCCCACAUCAUGCGUAGGCAAAAAUCGAUGCAGUUCGCAUGCGCCGGGCUGGUUGAAUGACUCGCAUCCCUCUGUAGCUGACGGAGCUGUGCAUGCUACAGUGUGCUUUCAUUGGAGUUCUGGAUGCUGUGCCUGGUCUACGAGCAUUCGUGUUCGUAACUGCGGUGGAUUUUACGUGUACGAACUUGGUCCACCACCAGCCUGCUGGUUACGCUAUUGUGGAAAUGGAGGAGCAAACUAUUCAACCACCUCUAUUAUAUCACCUACACCAGUCCACGCAAGUGCAACUGUUUCUGCUGUUACACCUACACCAGAUUCUUGUUCCUACAGCUUAACUGACGUGAGAGGAAAUUUCACCAGUCCAGAUUAUCCCCAACAUUAUGCACACAAUCUGGACUGUUCCUGGACAAUCACGGUAUCAGCCGGCUACUAUGUUUAUCUCCACUUUGAACAUUUCCAUCUGGAAGAUGGUGGUAGUCACUGCCCAUAUGACUACGUACAAAUAUUUGACGGGAGCUUAGCAUCGANGGAGCAUCUUGAUGUUCAAGCAUACAGCGUCUCCUUACCUCCGCCGCAAGUUUCAAUCACAAGUGCGGUACAGUGCUCCGCCACCCACACUGCAACUGCAACAGCAACUACAGCGACAACUACAGUAGCGACAACCACGUCAAAUGCUGAACCUCCAAGUCCUGUUUGGACAACAUUUCCAACAACUACACCAGAUUCCUGCUUGUACAACUUAACAGACCUGCAAGGAAGCUUCAUGAGUCCAAAUUACCCAUACCUCUAUCCACACUAUCUUGACUGCACCUGGAUAAUUACCGUAACACCCGGCUACUAUGUUUAUCUGUACUUUGAAAAUUUCCAUUUGGAGGGUAGUCGCUAUAGCUGCCCGUAUGAUUACGUGCAGAUAUUUGACGAGGACAAUCAGUGGGACCCCAUAAUACCGAAAUACUGCGAUUAUCACAAUCCUUGGUGUAUCUACAGCAACACCAGCGUGCUGCAUGUUCGUUUUAUAACUGAUGGGUCAGUUGCCUACUCUGGUUUCAUCGCCCAUUAUGAACAAGUCUACCAAAGACUCUCGUCCUGCCCUGGAAUAUCCACGGCCAGCAUCUCUCCGACUUCAUCCAGCCAAACUGUAUCUUCCAGCUCAGUAUCGCCAUAUUCAUCAGAAUGCUCCAACCACUCGUACCUGGAAGACGCCGUUAGAGGAAUGCACUUUUCUGGAUACAACGGUUAUUACCAGUGCGAUAAUAAUCUUCCAUUUGGUUGGUAUCGGUUUCGCGGGGCAGCGGGAACUGAGAUGUCCACUUCAUGCGUAGGCAAAAAUCGAUGCAGUUCGCAUGCGCCGGGCUGGUUGAAUGGCUCGCAUCCCUCUGUAGCUGACGGAGCUGUGCAUGCUACAGUGUGCUUUCACUGGAGUUCUGGAUGCUGUCACUGGUCUACGAACAUUCGUAUUCGUAACUGCAGUGGAUUUUACGUGUACGAACUUGGUCCAACACCAACCUGUUGGUUACGCUAUUGUGGAAAUGGAGGAGCGAACUAUUCAACCACCUCUGUUAUAUCACCUACACCAGUCCACGCAAGUGCAGCUGUUUCUGCUGUUACACCUACACCAGGUAUUUGGUUCUCAUUAUUGCUAUAA